AUAAUUUUGGAAUGUGUCCAGUUGCAAAACUUUUACACGCAUUACUUAGUUCUGAUCAUACAAUGCACCAGAUUCAAUCAAAGACAGAAGGGGCUUGUUACCCCAAUCCACAAAAUCCUUACCCUCCAGUAUUAUCAACAUAUGCAUUGUUCCUUCACUGAACAGCCAAUCGUUGUCAUUCUUAUUGUGAAACAGGAAGUCACAGCAGCACCGAACCGAAUCAUGGAAAGCCUUCCAACAACCUCUAAAGCGUGUGCCAGCGUGGCCAAAAUUCCAUCAUCAUCGGAAGCCAGUUUUUUAACUUCUUAGAUGGUCGAGCAGUCACGCUUUUCGGAACUUUGGUACAAGUUGUGAGUUCAACGCCAGGCAGUAAUGGAAGGGGGUGACACAAGAUAUUAUGAUGCCUUUGUAAUUUACAAUCCUGACGGUAACGACUUGAAAUUCGUAAAAGAGCUGGCAAAUAAAUUGGAAGCUCCGCCCUACAACCUGAAGUUCUUCAUACCAUGGAGAGACGACUUACCGGGGGAAUCUCGUUAUGAAGCCAGUGCGCAUAUGAUAGCAAUGAGAUGUCGGAGGACUCUGGUCAUUUUGUCUCAAGAUUUUCUAAAAAGUGCUGCAGCGGACUUCCAUUUAAAAUUUGCUCAUUGCCUUUCACCAGGUGGUAGGGGUAGGAAAGUAGUUCCCAUCUUAGUGUCAAAAUGUGAAGUGCCCAACAUCAUCCGACCGCUGUCGUAUGUUGACUUCGUCCGUCCAGAAGUGCGGGAUUGGAGCUGGCCACGCCUUCACGCCGUUCUGAAGCGUCCCCAGCAUCCCAAUCCCCGGGAUUACAAUAGUGAGGUGGAAAUGAAAGAACUGAUACUGGAUGCUGGAGAUCGAAGCACCAGAAGUUUAUGGUCAACGGGAGUCCUGACAACGAACUUCCCAUAACAAAACAACACUUAAUCAUUACACGGGUCAUUUUCCUCCUCUAUUAUGUACAACAUAUAAAUCAUGUCAUUUAUUUUACUGAGCACUACGUAAGCUGCCUAAAACUUGUCCUUGCAUUUUGUUAUUAAGCUAAAUUGUAACAUAAUUUACAACCAAAAGUGCACAUUUUUGCACUUGAUUACGGGAAAAUGUACACUUUGUCGUCGAUGUAGACAAAUCAAGAGUGCCCAUGGACAACCUGUUUGUCAUUCCACUUGCGUUAAUAUACAUGUAUAUGUACAAGUUUUGUUAAAUUGCACAAAUCUGAGACUAGCUUCAAUUCCUCUUAUAUGCAUGGCAUUCUGUGAUAUUUUACCUAAAUAAACAAGAGGCCCAUGGCCCACUUCGCUCAACUAA